UGAGCAAACAAACAACGUAAACAGGAACCGUUGGUCUGACUGAUGGGCGCAAGUCAGAGACCCAGCAGCGACUCGGAGCCGAGGUAUAAAAACCGGGGCUGACAUUCAACGCGUCGUCACACACUCCGCACUCCCUCAGGCAACUUGGGCAGCGGCUGCGUAAUAUCCUCCGCUCGCAGGCUGACUUCAGAGAACCCAGUCAACCCAGACCCAGUCAGAGUUAUAUUGGAUUACCCUGUCAGUGGGCGCCGAAUCUUCGAGCUGGUGUCACGGUUUAGAAAGCACACAUUUGGUGGAAACUAACUCUUUGCUACAAGGUCCGGAGAUACAAUGCUCCUCACUGAUUUGAUACUCUGAAGAACAGCUGAGUGAAUCUUGUCAUGGGAAGCAGACCAAGCAAGUCAAGGCGCUUCACCAGUACCGUGGUUCCAUCAGACCUGAACAACCAACCAUCAACAGAUAUGAGCCAAGUUAUGGUGGCGGUGGCAUUGUAUAAUUACCCAUCGUCAUCUGACACUGAACCUAUUAUUAAUGUGGGCGAGAGGCUGACCGUUCUUCACGAGGAAGGUGAUUGGUGGAAAGUGGCGUCCAUGGCAACUGGCAAAGAAUGUCACAUUCCUUGCAAUUACGUGGCAAAGGUGUAUCACAGGUGGCUGUUUGAAGGCAUCACCAGAGAGAAGGCGGAGGAGCUUCUCUUGUUACCCAGCAACCGGUCUGGCUCUUUCAUGAUUCGAGAAAGUCAAACCAGGAAAGGCUUCUACUCAUUGUCUGUGAGAAGAUCCAAUGUCGCAUCGUGGGAUUCCAUCAAACACUACCGCAUUAACCGCCUGCCCAAUGGCUGGUUCUACAUCUCCCCGCGUCUCACUGUCCCAUCUCUGCACGACAUGGUGGACUAUUACUCAGACUCCGGUGAAGGCCUGUGCUGCACAUUGAAGGAGCCGUGUCACAUCCAGGGGCUCCAGGCCUCCCAGCAGCAACACCCAGAUCCCAUCGUGGUGCGGAAACCUCAGCUGAACUGGAACGAGAUGGACAGCUCCGUUUUGAUAGACAAUGACAAAGAGUCGGGAGAAGAGUCGCCCGUCAGUGUGGGUCUGCGGGAAGCCAUCAACUCUUACUUGUACAUGACCGAGGAAAUGAGACUCGAUGAGAUGACUGACCGGAAAACUCGGUUGAAAACGUUGCAAACCCGGCUGCAAAGCAGCCAGAGACAGGCUAGUCAGAACAGGAAUGGGAACCUCGCUGUCCUGGAUUUCCGCUCUGCCAGAUAGCUGAUG